AUGAUUAGUAUUCAUGUUAUUCUAAAUAUGGAGAUGUUAUUUUAGCAAAAGAUGAGAUAUGUGAUAUUGCUUUACCAUAUAGAGGCUGCUUGAAUUGUAAAUCAAAAUGUUAAAAUUCAUGCUUAAAUUGUGAUACUUUAGGCAAAGGUUGUUUAGAUUGUUAAUAAGGUUGUCAAAAUAUAGAUAACAUGUGUAAAACUAUUUGUGAAGAUGGUUUUGUUACUGCUGAUGAAUAAUGUGAUGAUGGCAAUUUAAUAUUUGAUGAUGGAUGUCAUCAAUGUUUAAAAACUUGCACUAUUGGUUGUUCUGUUUGUGAUUUUGGAGUUUGCUUAGAUUGUUAUGAAGGCUUACAAUUUGUUAAGAAUUAAUGCAUUAAAGUUAAUAUCAUGAUCCUAGAUGUGAUUCCAAUUGUUUAAGUUGCAAUAAACUUAAAACUUAAUUAUUUUUCUAUAUCGAAGGACAUGGAUGUUUGUAAUGUAAAAUUGGAUUCGAUAAAAUUGACAAUAAAUGCCAUUCCAUUUGUGGAGAUUAGAUAACAGUUGCAUCUGAACAAUGUGAUGAUGAAGAUCUUGAUUUUAAUGAUGGAUGUCAUCAAUGCUUAUAACAUUGCCCUAUUUCGUGUUUAAACAAUUUUUGUUAUUUGGGUAAAUGCUAUAAAUGUAAAGAAGGAUUUUUAUAUCAUAAGAAUAACUGUUAUUCAAAUAUAGAAAAUGAUAAUUUAGCCGAACCACCAAAAUUUUAUUAUUCUGAUUUAGUUAUCAAUUAAUCUUUUUCUUCAUAAAUUUUGUUAACCAAAAAAAUUGAAGUAAUAUGCUCUGAAUUUCCAGAUCAAUAAGUAUAUGAUACGAAUGGUUAAUACGCAGAAUCUGCGUUAAAGAAUUAAACAUUUUUUAAUCUUGAAGUUGAUUUAAGCUGCUCUUAAAAUUAGAAUUUGA